ACCGGCUGGCUGCGGGAAGGAGGAAGCGGAGAAGCGCCCGGCUUUGCUCUGGAUCCGCCUUGCGCGCGAUCGGGUAGAUUUUAGGAUCCACUGGGGAUCGCGCCGACUUGCAACGCGCUAAAAAAAAAAAAAAAAGGCCUCCAGGCUUUUGCAUUGCAAACCUGCCUUUAUUUGCGCCCAAAUCGGGCUCGGAGCGCUGGAAAGUCCCCUCGUUUGCGUUGCCCGGAAUCUGCGCCGAUCCUAUGCCCCUUCCCCUCCUCCGCUCCUCUUUCGGGGGAUCCCGUGGAUAGGCGGGCCAUGUGCAGGAAACCCGCCUUGGUGGUGUUUGAUCUGGAUUAUACCUUGUGGCCUUUUUGGGUAGACACCCACGUGGACCCCCCCUUCCACAAAAAGAGCGAUGGCUCCGUGCGAGACCGGAACCAGCGGCCUGUUCAACUCUACCCAGAAGUCCCAGAAGUGCUGCACCGGUUGGACAGCGAAGGGAUCGCCAUGGCAGCUGCCUCUCGGACAGGCGAGAUCCAAGGAGCCAGACAACUUUUAGAUCUUUUCGGCUUAAAUCGCUAUUUUCGCUACACUGAAAUCUACCCUGGGAGUAAAAUCACCCAUUUUCAAAGGUUGAAUCAACAGAGUGGCAUCCCGUUUCAUCAGAUGCUCUUCUUUGAUGACGAAAGCAGGAAUAUUCGUGACGUCGGCACGCUAGGAGUUGUGUGUGUCUCUGUUCCAAGAGGCAUGACCCUUUCUCUCCUCAAAGACGGCUUAGAGAGUUUCGCACGCAGUUCCAGCUCUCAUCCUGCCGACAAAGUUUAAACCUCAAACUUCCUGGAUCUCCGUCUUCUGUUUCUCUCAUGGAAAGCAUCGGUCGGGGAUUAUGGACAUUAUUUAUGCGUGAGGCGGAAAGAGCUCCAGUUUAAUCCUUAAAAGAUUUUUUCCGUCCCGCGGUUACAAUAGACCGAGGUUCUGCCAACGUCGUCGUCCCUUUAAGACUUGCGGACUUCGACUCCCAGAAUUCCCCAGCCAGCAUGGAAUUCUGGGAGUUGAAGUCCACAAGUCUUAAAGGGGCCACGUUGGCAGAACCCUCGCAUUAAACCAGCGAAGCGAAGUCGUGUUUGUGACUUUCUUUCAUCCCAAUAAAAACUGGGGAAAAAAAUAUAAA